AUGGCGAACCGAACCAAGAACUUGAAUCUCGGCUUGAAAUUCUUUCUCGAGCAAAUCAUCCUUUUCCAUGCCGCUCCAAUUCCUGUUGACAGCAAUGCAUUGGUUUUCAAGGCCCACUUCGAUUUUUGUAAACUUCGCCCGAGCGACCACUGCCGAUCAAAUUACUUUCGGCGACUUUCUCUGCAGUACUUGACUAAAAAACGUGUCAUGCAGAUGGCGAACAAGCAAAAACGAUUGCCGAAAGUAGAAUCACAGCAAGAAUUCGUGGUGAAAGCUCCCUCAGUCGAAAGAGACUUCCAUGACAAUAUCUCAGAAGGUAAUCCACCCGAAAGUGAAUUUCCAUCGACUAACAAAGUGGAAAGGUCACGCAGUCCAGUCAAUCCUUUCGGGAUUGGCCCUGAUAACCGGUUGUUACUUGCCUUAAACACAACUAAACUUUCCCAUGGCAAAACCUCACCCGGAAUUUCACCGGAAAACUCAUUGUUACUGAUCUCCAAACGGGACAAACAAGGUGCUACAGUUUUACUCGGGAGCUCUCCAGAUAAACUUGAUAUUGGAAUCGUCCCGUUUAAGUUGUUUCGUUCAGCACUCACCCAGACUUGGAAAGAUUCGAGUCUCGAGCGACUGCCCAUUUCAGGCGGCAAAAUUCCACUCAAAUCAUUCAUGAAAACUUUGAACGGCUCGAGGCUCGGUAAUAGCCCCAGGCUUUGGGGAAUUUCGCCGGACAAACUAUUUAUGCACAGGCCUAAGAACUCCAAUUUCUCCAACUUCCCAAAAUCUUCCGGGAUUUUACCAGUCAAUUUGUUCUCGGAUAAAUCGAGACUGACCAAAUCCAGCGACUCGAUUGACUGA